UGGCCUCGCCGGACGUCGCGGACCGCUCGACUCACCAUUCCCCACUCCACAAAGCCAGUGCUUAAGGGGUGUGGAUGGUGAACGCUCAAUAGGCUGAACACGGACCUGCACUCAUAAAUUACACUGACACAAUGGCAGAGGAAGCAGUCAUCCCGAGUUAUUCCCAGGUGACAGAUGAGAAGAUUCAAGCUGCUCUUACUGCUGAUAAGGGCCCUGGUGCCAAGCUGGUGUCCUGGCAGGUCAAAGACUUCACCAAGAAGGGUGACAACUAUGCCUGCAUAGUGACAAGCGUUAUUGUCCAGUACACACUGGAGGGCGCCCAACAUGAAACUACAUAUGUUGCUAAAAUCGGCCGUGAUAUGCAAGUGGCUUCUCUAAAGACGAUGUUUAGACAAAUGUUUGUUAGAGAAGGAAAGUGUCUUGGUGAAAUACUUCCCAGGAUAAAUGAAGUAAUGAGAAAAAUAGGACGUCGUGAAAUUUCAGUUGCCAAGUGUUUUCACUGCUGCUUGGAUGAGGGCAAAGAAAUAUUGCUUAUGGAGGACCUACGUGCCAGGAGCUUCAGGAUGUUUGACAGACAACGAGGCAUGGAUGCUGCCCAUGCCACUCUGGUGCUGCAAGAGUUAGGGAGGCUGCAUGCUGCCUCCAUACUCCUGGAUAAAACACUUCCAAGUCACGACUUCACCAAGACCUGGACCUGUCUCACUGAUGACUGGACAACAGAUGAUGAAAAUAAAAUGUUCAAGACCAUGACUGACCACCAGCUAGAUGGGGCAGCUAUGAUAAUGAAAAAGAUCCCAAACUAUGAACGUGUGGUAAGAUGGAUCGAAGGCAUCAAGGAGACUGCAGUAGACAUUAUGAAGCAGAGUUUCCGCAGUGAAGAUGGUGAAGGAGUACUUCUUCAUGGUGACUGCUGGAACAAUAAUGUGCUCUUCAGGUACGAUGAAGCUGGGGUUCCUGUAGAAGUAAUGUUGGUGGAUCUACAAGCUAUGCGUAAAGCCUCACCUGCUGUGGAUCUCAACUAUUUCUUAUACUCAAGUUUUAAUGGACCUGACCGUAUUCAGAACAAAGAGAUGUUCUUGAAGGCAUAUUAUGACUCGUUCACCAGUGUUCUGAAGACUGAGGAUGUUUCUGUGCCCUUCACUCCUGAAGAGCUUCAACAAAAACUCCAGGAUCAUAUGAUAUAUGGAGCUCUGGUUUCGAUGUUUCUUGUGCCUAUGGUAUUAAGUGAAGCCGAAGACGUGCCAGAUUUGGAUAGCAUAACAGAUAUGGACAAGUUCUCUGAAGGACAGAAGGACGUUUUGAUAAAAAUGAGUGAAAGAAAUGAUAGUCUCCUUAAACUAAGGUUUUUAGACAUGUUUGAUGAAAUGAUAGAAGCAGGAAUUAUAUCAUAGUUUGUGAACAGUAUAUUUUGAAAGGUGAUUAUCUAACUAAUAUAACUCACUUAUUUCAUGCACAGAAUCUUUAAGCCUUUUUAUACGAGGUUACUGAAAAUAUAAUUAUAUUUUUGUAAAACCCCGAUAAAUCGGACUUCAAUACAUCAGAAUUCACUUGUUUCGAACUCUAAUGUGGUUUGGUCACCAGAAAUACAAAAAAAUCCAUGUUUUAAGAAAUGGGAAAGAUUAAUAAAAUUUUAUGAAAUGAACAACACUUACUGAAUACUGUACAGUGGUCUAAUCAGAUGUGCUAUAGGCCUACUGAGAACUAAGACACUUGAGUAUGUAAACAGGCUGGGGCUGAUCAGGUG